AUGACGGCGGCUUGGAAGUACUACGUCGAGUCGCAUGGCCUGUUGACCGAACUUCGUGGAUUGACUAGGAACUAUCCUUUCAGUUCUGACUGCCUAGACGAAGCAAAGCGACGUGUCUACGCCGACCCUGCAAGCAACCGCUCAUGGAACUUGUGUUGGUUGGUUCUGAACAAGAUACAAACUGAUCAGCUACUGCCGUACUAUGCGCGUUACCAGGCGUCUCAGCCAGCUAUGUGGGCGGGUCAGACCCCUUCUGCUGAUCAGAUCACGCAGCUCACGAAUGCUUUCGUUAAUGAAUGGAAUUGGGCACUUGGUCAGAUGUUGGGGCGUUGGACACAGCCACCGGCGCGAUGA